AUGGACAACCGGUUGCUUCAAGAAUGCAUGCAACCUUUAGCCGUGGCGAUUUUCUCUUACUGCGGAUGGUCAAUGGGUGAAAAAUCCCUCAACGCAUGGCUGUCAAUCCUCCAGUUUCCAGAUUCGACUACUGCAACCAUGCUGUCGCCAGCUACGUCUCCCCGCUUUCAUGUGCAGGCUGCUUUCGCUUCCAGAGAUGACUAUGUCCUCAUGCAAGAGAAACGCUACUGCCUUCCCGAAUGUGAUGGGUCUCUGCACACCCCUGUGACUCCACCACUAUGGGAUGUUCUAUCUUGA